UCUUGGAAGAAAGUUUUAAUUGCAAAAGUCCGACAUAGUUUUGAUAUGUAUAGUCAAACAAACGCGAAAUUAGCGGAGUCCAUGACGGAGCUGGUUGCCUGCUUCCCAAUAUCGUUUUUUUUUUAAAGGGGCAAGUAACCACUAGGACAAUUAACGAUUUUGCAACUAGAUCUUACAAAUGCAAUUCUCCAUCUAAUGAAACUUCUCAUCAAAAAAUUAUCGAACUCGAUGAGAUUUUUUCAACCAAAAUGUUUUUGAAUUUCAAUCUUACCGUGACCAGCAGGUAAAAAGUGAUUCAAUUGUGUUAUUUCAAUCUGCCCAGGGAUGAAUUUACAAAAUCUUUAUGUUCAAAAGCCUAAGAGCAUCUCCAAUGGCCUUCUUUUGACACAAGCUCUUUAAUGCCACGUCUGUAAUUUAGAAAGAAUGGUAGGAAUUUCGUCUCCAAUGCACUCUGUCACGAGCUCUUUAAUGCUGGUAUGGAUUCAAUGAUGUCAAAGCCACUGUUGGAAUUCCCAAAGUGCGUUUAACAGCGUGACUCAGCAAGUCCUACAACAAGCGGACACUUCUACAAAAAAUAAGCGCGCCAUUCAACAAAAAAUCUGAAAAAACAAGCGGCAACUCUGAAAAAAUUCGCGGCACUCCAUAUUUACCGCACACCUCAUCAUAUUUUAUCUUCAUCACUCUCAACCCUUGCUCUACCGUCAAGUAUUCUGCCAAAUACAGAUCUUCCGUCGGCGGUGGUUCUCAUCCGGUGGAAAUCCUUUCUUGAGAGUAGCAUAAAUGGAUUCACAAGACUCAACUGAGUUUACGAACACGAGACAACCUCUGGGUUACUCCAUGCCGCCAAUGAAUGUGAAUCAAUUGAACGCUCCUUCUAAUUACACAAUACUCUCACAGAGUCCGAAUCAGUUCAGCCAACCUCCUGGCUACUCUUUCCCAUCAAACAAUUUGAAUCAAUUUACUCCACCACUCUAUCAUAUUGAUCCAAAAAAUGGAGCUUUUCCUUUCCAUGUUGAGCAGCAUAACACACAUCCAUUCUCCUACCAAGAAUUGUUGAAUACACCCAUCUUGAGCUCUCAAAGUUGUGAGACCAGCAAGAAAUCAAAAAAGAGAGUUAAAGAUGCCCACAAUUCUAAUACUUCUCAAAAUUGUAUGCCUCAACCUUCAAUUAUCAAAAAAGAUUGGUCUGUCGAAGAGGAGGUUGCACUAACAGAGGCAUGGCUUUAUGUUUCUGUGGAUGCUGAUGUGGGUAAUAACCAGAAAAAUGCUGCCAUGUGGAACCGUGUCAUAGAAAUUUGGAAGGAAAAAAUGGGGCCACAUCACAAGAUAGCAAGAAGCAAUAACAGCUUUCAAUGUCAUUGGCACCAAAUACGAGGUGCCGUAAAUAAAUUUGUUGCAAAGUAUGAGCAGUUGGAACGACACCCACAAAGUGGCACAAAUAAGGAUGACUUGGUGGUAAAAGCAUUACGCUUAUAUGAGGAUUUCUAUGCAACUCCAUUCAAAUUUCUUCAUUGUUGGGAAAUAUUGAUCAAGAAUCCAAAAUGGUGCUCACAAUUUCGUACAAAGACAAGUGCACCAAUUGGACAAGGUUCAGAUAAUGGUAUUCCACCAACAUUGAAUGAGUCUUCAACUGCUAUGCCUGAAGAUGUCUUGCCACCAAAUGGCAGUGAACUGGACGGGAUUGUGAGACCAGAAGGAAGAAAAAAUUGCAAAGCCAAAAAGCGAAGGCUACAUGAAGGAAAAGACGUGGUGGAUGCCUUGAACAAGCUGCAGACCACUUUGGAUAAACAAAUUGAUAUUAAUCAAGCAAGCAUGCAAAUGAGAGAGCAAGUGAUGAUGAAAGAAAUUGAAUUAAAAGAAAAUGCUCAAAGGCUAAGAGAAGAAAAUCAAAGGAGGCAACACCAACUUCGCAUUAUGAAUCAGGAUCUUAGUAAACUGUCACCAUCAGUUAGAGCUUCUUAUGAUGUUAUGCAGGCAAAAAUUUUGAAAGAAUGGGAAAGUGCUGGUAUUUUCUAGUCUACAAAGUUGCACUUGAAAGUCACAAAGUUUGAAGAUUUAGGUUUCAUUAUCUCAUGCAGACUCUAUUUAAUCAAGGAUUUUUUCCUUUCUUUCCAGUUUUAAUGUUUUUUUAUUUGUUUUGAACACUUAUAGCAUUCAGUUUGUCUCGUAGUUUUAAUUUAAAUACAUUACAUUAUGAGUACGUUCCUUCAUCGUAGCCAUGACUGUAGUGGUUCUUUAGUUAUCAUAAACUUGUGCUCCAUAACUAUUAUUGGCAUAUUAGCUUU